GGUUGUUUGGAGUAGCUGCGUCAUGGAUAAAGAACUCCUUAAUGCCAGUCCCAGUGAGCCCGCACUGAACAUCAAGAAGUUAGGCAAAUCCUUCAAAUGCAAGAAGCCCACCAAAAAUGUGCAGGUCUUUUUAAUCAACAGACAACUGGGCAGGCACAGAAGUGACAUCGACCUGUCAAGGUGGCUAUGGAUGCUGUCAUAA